GUGAAAUUCUAGGUCAUUGUGUUUGAUUACUAAGUUUUUCUAGACCUAGGUUCUAAUUUUCGUCAAGACUAUGAGUAUAAGAAACUCAGCAGGUGUUGGCUACGGUACACACGACUGUGAAAUACAAACCCAAAGCACUGAGCUCGUUAGUAAUCAGUUUCAGUCUUUCAAUCCUACCGAUGAAUGCACAGAUACGAGUUAUAUUCUGAACUCAUAUCCCAAAGAGCUUCAAAAAAUAUGUUGCAACAUGUUCACCACCCCUAAAUUUUGUGAAUGGUUGAAGCAUGAGUGGUUGUAUUCGAGCAUAGACAAGGAAAUAUUUCUAAGGGUUAAUGACUUCCAGCUGAUAUUACGGGAAUACUUUCCUACUUUAAAGUCUCGAAAGUUAAGUCGAGUUCAUUGGUCAACUAUUCGACGGAUCAUAGGGAGACCACGUCGUUUCAGUGCCACGUUCCUCUCUGAAGAACGGCACUCUGUGCAAGUAAAACGUAAAAAUAUACAAUACAUACAGCACAUCAUUUUAACAAGUUCUCUUGGUCCAAUGGCGUCAGAACAUUUAGAUAAUCUUUUAUUAUGCUUGCCACCAGCAAUUCGAAUUCCCCUUCGAUUACCAGUUGGUAUUAGAGUAUGUGUUUGUCUUCACACUCCCAUGCAGGGUUUAUAUCUUGGACUGAUACAAAAUUCGUGUCCAGGUGAUGGACAUUAUGCUGUUUGGGUUGAUGAGUUAAUUAUUUCAAAUGAUUACAUGGAAAUGAAAUCUUCCAGAUAUUACGGCUGUCAAAUUGUUCCAGAAGAAAAUGUUUUUCCUUUACCAAAUCAGUCGUUACCACCUUCUGUAACACUUUCAGAGAUUCGCAGUUAUUUUAAAGAAAAUAUAAUAAACAGUGAUGUCACUGUUUUUUCGUCUGAAUUUAAUACUAACUUCAUAAAUACCAUGAAUAAAACGGUCGAAUCAUCUAGUAAUCGUUUACAUUGUGUUGUUCAAUCCUCACCUACUUGUGGACCUUUAUUAAGUGAAAGUGUAUGUGGUGCAAACCAUAUACAGAUGAAUAAUUCACAAGUUUCAUCAGGAGAUCUUUUAAUCCCAAAACCUAAAUUUGAUAAUCCUUCUGUAAUAACAUCACCGUGUUCAGAACAAACAUCUUCCCAGAAAACCGACUAUCAGUCUUACAAUAGAUUUCUUAUUAAUAUUAUUAAACUUCACAAGAUUUUAGAGAGAAAACGUUCAUCAAUUGAAACAUUAAAACAAUUAAAUAAUACUGCUGAAAUAAAGCUUUCAGAAAACCAGAAUUACAUCACUGUACAAUUUCAACAUACUUAUGCAAAACUCAUAUUAAAUAUAGAUAAAAUUAAUCGAGAAUUAAAACAUUAUAUGAAUCAAGUACUUCUAUACGUGUCAACUAUAGCACAAGAACAUAACAUGGUGGAAUUAAAUUCCGUUAUCGACUGGAGACGUCGCUGUGAUGAUGAAGCUCAAGAAAUAGUUAAUCGGAUGAAAGAAUUACAAUAGUUUAUGUCUAGUAUUCAAGAUCAGAAAGUGAAGUUCAAUUCGUUCAAAUCCUCUACGAAUUCAUGUUCAUCAUUAUUGUCUUCGGUGACAGAACAUCGGGUCUGAUUUCAAUAUAUCAUUCAACAUACCAAAUGAUCCAGGAUAAUAUCUACAUACUCCGUACCUUACAAUCAAUCUAGGCGAUGAUGCGGACCAUUCACAAAGAAGCAUUUUGCACUUAAUGCAAGAAACACACGUCUUGAACAUACCUAUAUUGUUACUCAAGUUUUUGAGUAGACUCUGGAUUUUAUCCAGAUCUUCCCACGAAGAUCACAUCACCUCUUUUUUAAAAUUGCACUCGAUAAGCUGGAGUGCUUCAAUUAAGCUAUUUUAUGCUUUUUAACCAACAUUAACAGUAAUUCACCUUGCGAUAGAAAGCUAAAGUAGUUUUUCAUUUUGUUCAUUAAACCAUAAAAAUUUCUUUUCAGACAUACAAAUUAAUUGAUGAAGACAAAUUGGAUCUUGUUGCUAAGCUUAUUUCUAUUCUCAUACAUUUAAGUAAUUUAUCUGAUCAUCGGUACAUGAAUCAAAUCCCAGCGUGUAUUGACGACAUUCUCAAAGAGAUUAAACAUGGUAUUCACCCAAAUAAUUUGAAAUGUUUUGAAUCUACAGUGGAAAAUUUUAUUGGACAAAUUAUAAAUCCAAUUACAAAUACUGUCUAUUCACGAAUGUAUCAAUAUCCUAUGAUAUCGAAUUCACAAUAUUCAGACAAUAUUUAAUAUGUCAAAUGUUAUUUCCUUUUUUG